AUGGCGCACGAUCCCUCGUCGGCACCUCGUGCCGAGAACGCCGUGCCCGGCGGUGGUAAGACAGGGACCUCCCUGUCCAACGUGUUUUCCAGCACGAAUACGUCGCUAGCUACGAUUUCGUUCCAACCACGCUCCAAUGCAACGACGACAGCGCCUACCAUCAAGGCCCGCCUCGCUGAGGCGCCUGUGUUUGUGCCACGCAGUGCCACAGGUACACCGACACCUACCCCUGCGCAGGCGGCCGGCCUACCGGCCACGGCAGCCACGACGACGCACCCAGCCGCCUCGUCUUCGACGCCAGGCAGUAGUGCGAUGCCCGCGCAGGCCGUCGGCGGCGGGAGUGCUGCGCCGGCCUCCCAUGCUGCGAUGUACACAGAGAACCCCGGCGCCUAUGGCUCGUACGUCUCUUCCUACGAUCCCUAUGCUUCCUAUGAACCGCGGGUGGAAGAAGUCGCCGUGCGCCAUCCACUUCAGUACCAUCUGUGUGCACCGCCUUUCCCGCACGUCAGCAACUUCCAUCCGACACACUUGGCCGCAAUGACGUUCUUUAUGGAUCCAGAGCUGCAUGAGGAACUGCAUCGGAAGCAGGAAGCACUGUAUGCAACAGCGCCGCCUACGUCCAUGUCAGAGGCAGGCAGUACACGGACGCUCCCGGAGUCGCUCCAUGUGUACCACAACCUGGUCGCGCUCGAGCCGGGUGAGACUAGUAUGCCCUCCUCGCUCUUGCAUCAUCGGUUCCAUGCGCAGAGUACCAAGCAUUUGACUGGCGCCGCUGGCGAUCCCAGUCGUGUGUUUGGCUACCCCACGCACGUCUACAAAGCGACGUGUGCGCUGGAUGGCAAGUGCUACGUUUUGCGCCGUCUUGAGGGUUUUCAUCCACAGCAAACGGCCGCGAUGAGUGCCGCAGAACGAUGGCGCAAGAUCCGGCAUCCCAGUUUGGUCGCUGUACGUGAGGCCUUUACGACGCGUGCGUUUGGCGAUCAUUCGGUGGUGUUUGUGUACGACUACCAUCCCCUGGCUACGACGCUGUAUAUGGAGCACAUGACGGUCAAGCCCCUCCAGCCCGAUCGGCGGACAGGCCGACUGCAGCCUGUCUCGAUGCACGUCCCUGAACGUGUGCUGUGGAGCUAUGCGUGCCAACUUGCAGGCUUGUUGCGUGUCGUACACAAGGCAGGCCUUGCCGUACGGUGUCUCGAGCCCAGCAAAGUCUUGCGGACCGCGCAGCAUCGCGUGCGGCUGAAUGGGUGUGCGAUUUUCGAUGUGCUGUUUUACCAACCGCAGACGCCGCCUGACGCCCUGGUCGCGCAGCAGCAGGACGAUAUCCAGGCGCUCGGCCGCUUGUUGCUCUCGACAGGCUGCAACAAUGUUGCAGCGGCGCAAGGCGAGGAGGCGAUCACUGCGAGCCUUGAGACGUUCCAGCAGCGCUACGGUACGAAGCUCACCGCGUUUCUGAAGCAGCUGCUCUCGAGUGAGUCGCAUACCCACAUCAACGACGUGCUCACAGAGUUGGCGCCGUACUUGGCCGACGAGCAGAGCAGCACCCUGAACCAUGCCGAUAUGCUCGAAGCGUCGCUCAUGCGCGAGCUGGAGAAUGGGCGCUUGGUGCGUCUGCUUUGCAAGCUGAAUGCGCUGCAAGAGUCGGAUCAUACGAAUACAGAGAGCGGCGAGCGCUACGUCAUUCGUCUGUUCCGUGAUAUGGUCUUCCAUGCCGUCGACGAACAUGGCCGACCCGCGAUGGAUCUGAGUCAUGUGCUUGUGCACCUCAAUAAACUCGAUGCAGGCGUCGACGAAAAAAUGAUGCUGACCAGUCGCGACGAGCUGAACUGUGUGUUGGUCAGCUAUGCCGACGUGAAGAAGUACGUCGAAGCGGCGUACGCCGAGUUGGUACGUCCCUAG